AAUGGUAGUCCGUAGGGAUCUCUCCUAGACAGCCCCCACCAGGCUUGGUCGUCUCCUCACCCACCCACCUCCUCACACAAGGGCAACUCGCAACUCUCACAAAGCACCACGCGUAGCCAAAUCUCUACAUCAUGAGUGCAAACAGAUUCCUCGAUUUGAUCGACAAGGUUGAUAACGUCCCGUUGGACUUCUCUGCCGUGAGCCAUGAGCCGUACUAUGGCCUCUUCCUCUCACCAUCAUACAAGCUCCCUCACGGAUACAUCCAUCCCGCGACCCUUUCCAAGCUCAAACUACCGCCUACAUUCACCGUCUCCCACGACAACCGCACCGUGACUCUCGACGGCCCCCUCGCUGGCGUAUCACCCACACAGCACAUCAACGCCGCCCUACAACAAGUCGUCGACUCUGCCAUCGAAGCUAACACUUUCCCUAACCUCAACAAAACCCACAGCGAGCCCUUUCGCAUCCUCGGUGCCACAGGCGAGGAUGACAUUGUGCAGCUCGAGCGUUUCGCGGCGCCUUUGUUCGGCAUCGCCACCAGAGGCGCCCACAUGACUUGUUACACCCGCACCGAGGCGGACGGCGAUCUCAAGAUCUGGGUCGCCAAGCGCAGCAAGCACCUCUACUCCCACCCGGGGAAGCUCGAUAGUACAGUCGCCGGUGGCGUCAAGGCCUCCGACUCCCCGACGAGCUGCAUCCUCGCGGAGGCCAUGGAGGAGGCAUCUCUCCCCUCGUCACUGGUCCACCGGUCGGCCCAGGCGACGGGCGUGCUCACGCUCGCCAACCGGAAUCCCAAGAGUGGUCUGUUCCACAGCGAGAUUUUGUACGUGUACGACAUGGAACUGCCGGCGGACGUGGUCCCGAGCCCGGGCGAUGACGAGGUGGAGGAAUUUGUGCUCAUGGAUGUGGAGGAGAUGAAGCAGCGCAUGGUCGAUGGCGAGUUCAAGCCCAACGUGUGUCCUGUCAUGGUCGAUUUUCUGAUUAGGCAUGGCCAUGUCACGGCGGACACGGAAGGGGAGGGCAUGUAUGUUGAGAUCUGUCGACGCCUGAGGAGGAGGCUGCCCGUGCCAAUCCGCGCAGGGGCUUCGUGAUGCCCGCGGACGGAAAGAGUUCCACUGUGCAAUGGGGGACAGGAGACGGCAUCAUAUUCGCCACUCGGACUGGCGGCUUUCGGAGUAGUAUUAUUACACACGAGACGACGGUCACUUUCAUAAGUCGAGUCGCCCGGCUCGUGCUUUCGGUAUCAUCCUCCCAUCAGUCUCCCCGCAGCUAACGUACAGUCAGUCACUCUUCCCCUCCCUCUUCCUCUCCCUCUC